AACUCGACUUGCACAUUCAUUUGUUUACAAACAUUACUCAUACUUCACAGACUAGUCCGAAGAUUAGCAAUUUUAGCACAUCCCCUAAUCUACCCCACUCAAUAAUGUCCCUUCAACCAAGAAUAAAAUCCCCAUUAUCACGCACCCUUGAAAAAUCGUUGGUGAUAGAAACAAGUGAAAGUGUAAAUACAACCGACACCGAAGUUGAGAGCCCAGUGGCUCAUUCAUAUGCACCAGAAUGGGAGUAUCAUCAGACAGCUACCAAGUCCAGCAAUACAACUAACAAGGGAAACAUCCCAAUUCCACAACCGGAGGUAAUGCAAAAGGUAUUGUACCCCAUUACUCCUCAAUUGCAAAACAAGAUUUUUAAUGAUAGAACUAAUGUGAACUCCCUUUUGUCAGAUGGAAAAAAGCCAUUGUUGGUCAUUACUGGGCCCUCGCAUAUCAAAGACACCAAUCAAAUCAAGGCAUGUGCCCAAUACCUCAGUUUGAAACAGGGCAAUUCAAUAACCAGCUCAGACUACUUGCCUUCUGAGAUAAAGUCAAUCUUUCAUGACCCAGCUGAGUUAUCCAACUUGCAUUUAGCCUUGAGAACCAAUCUUACAAUGUACAACCACGCAUACACAUCACCACAGUCGCAAAGCAUAAGAACAUUCGAAAUCGACAAGGGUAUACCCAAAUGUCGUUCCCUCCUUCGUGAAUUAUCCCAAUAUGCCCCAUUAGUUUCCGAAUUCGUCGACACAUUGACACCACAAUACCUUGCUGAUUUUUACAGUAUGGGUAUAGUGGGGCCAACUCUCAUUGAAUCUCAGCUACAUAGAGAAUUAGCCUCGGGCUCAUCGUACGCCGUUGGGUUCAGUGCCGGUGAAAAGUCAGAUAUGUUGGAUCACAAAUUGACUUCGUGUCUUGAUUCAAUGUAUGCUACCCUGCAACCACACCAGUUCUUGAGUAUUACUAAAUACGGUACAGUCGCUGUCGUGGGUACUACGGGGAACAGUGACACUUUUGUGAUUUUACCGCUUGGCGAUGACAUUACUGAACUUGUUGCUAAAGUCAAUUCUUACAAGAAUCUACAAGGUAAGACGGUUAAGUUGUUGCUAGACAUUGGUAGAGUUUCCAAUGAUGAUUACGAAACCAAGUUGAUUACCUUGAAACUGGUGUUAGACAGUGAAGUAAGAGAUCAAAUUCUCGGGGUCAUGAUCGACUCGGGUGAUCAUUAUGUCCCAUACGACUAUCAAGUGGACGACCGCGAAGACGUUGAAUCAUUAUUUACAUUGGUGGACAGAGCAUCCAGUGAAUCACUUAGUUUCGCUCCUAAUUCCAAUUAUGAGUACUUCAUAAAUGCCAAUAAUUUAUUGCUAGAGUUAAAUAACUUAAAUAAAUAAACGAAUUAUCUUGUACACCACUCCUACAACCAUUACUCCCCCUUUGAAAAUAUUCACCAAUACCCAUAUUAGCCUUAAUAGAAUGACAAUGAGGUUUUCAAGACAGAAAUACAUGAUCUUAUAGUUUGUUCCUUCUUUCAUGUUCAUCUUGAGAUCUGAUGGUCGGAUUGUUUUCUUCAGGAAUGAUUCGUCAAGAUGAUCCAAUCGCUCAUUGACUUUACGUAAUUCUAAUGAAAGCGAAGCAUUGAUUUCACUGAUUGCUCGAUCACUGCUGCUCAACAAACUGUCAAUCUUGACCGAAUAGUUAUCAUUAACCAUGUGUAUAAUCGACUUGAUUUCGUCCAAGAAUCCAUGGUAUAAUUCUUCGUAAACAGGUAAAUGUUCAUCAUUAAUGCUUGACAUUUGUCGAAGUAUGUCAAAUGUUUGCUUACCGGUGAUACUAUCCACCUUAUUUUGAAUUACUUGAAGAUUAUUGGGGUAUGUCACAAGCAAGUGGUUUGUUCUAAGUACACACACUUCAUACAAGUAAUCCACACUGCUUACGAUCUUGGAGAAUGCAUGUUCUCGUUGAUCAACCGUGCACAUCAAUUCUGGCAGUUCUUCCAGGGGUACACUGUUUGUUGAUACGUCUUCCUCUUCCUCUUCUUCUAAAUCACUAGGGAUAAGAGCAGGCAGGGAACUUGACCGCUUGGAAGGAACGAAUUCCACAUCCUGGAUGGAUUCAUCGGGCAAUGCUUCAAUUUUGAUUAUCGGCGGUGAUAUGCUAGCUAACUUAGGAUCAUCGGGAGCUGCCACAUCGGAACUAGAUUCCGAAUGAACGACUCGUCUGAACAUUUGUGUAUUUAGGAUUUCAUGGUGGUCAGAAACUUCUUCAAUAUCUGCGGCCGAAGAAGACGAGUCCCGUUCAUAAAACUUCUUCAUCUUAUUACGGAGUUUUUUCUUUGGUGAUUUCGACCGAUGGAUUUUCAACAUGUUUAAUUCACUAUCGGAACUACCAGCCGUAACAACAGAUUCAUUCCUCCGAUGGGUCGACUUUUUAUCCUCAUAGUCACUUACUGAAUCAAACAACUUGUCAUGUAAUCGUCUAAGUUUCUUACGUUUACUCUUGGGUUGUGGGACGUGGUCUU